GAGUCUUGUUGAUGCUCCCCGCUGAAUAAACCCCUUCCUUCUUUAACUCCAUGUCUGAGGGGUUUUGUCUGUGGCUUGUCCUGCUACAUUUCUUGGUUCCCUGACCAAGAAGUGAGGUGAUUAACGGACGGUCGAGGCAGCCCCUUAGGCGGCUUAGGCCUGCCCUGUGGAGCAUCCCUGUGGGGGACUCUGGCCAGCUUGAGCGACGUGGAUCCUGAGAGCGCUCCCGGGUAGGCAAUUGCCCCAGUGGAACGCCUUGCCAGAGCAGUGUGUGGCAGGCCCCCGUGGAGGAUCAACGCAGUGGCUGAACACCAGGAAGGAACUGGCACUCGGAGUCCGGACAACUGAAACUUGUCGCUUCCUGCCUCGGACGGCUCAGCUGGUAUGACCCAGAUUUCCAGGCAAGGCUCACCCAUUCCAACUCGAAGUGCCAGGGCCAGCUGGAGGUCUACAUCAAGGAUGGAUGGCACAUGGUUUGCGGCCAGAGCUGGGGCCGGAGGUCCAACCAGUGGGACGACCCCAGUCAAGCAUCAGAAGUCUGCCAGCGGCUGAACUGUGGGAUGCCCUUAAGCCUUGGCCCCUUCCUUGUCACCUACACACAUCAGAGCUCAAUCAUCUGCUACGGACAACUGGGCUUCUUCUCCAACUGCAGCCACAGCAGAAAUGACGUGUGUCACUCUCUGGGCCUGACCUGCUUAGAGCCCCAGAAGACGACACCUCCACCCACAAGGCCCCCACCCACCACAACUCCAGAGCCCACAGCUCCUCCUAGGCUGCAGCUGGUGGCACAGUCUGGCAGCCGGCACUGUGCCGGCGUGGUGGAGUUCUACAGUGGCAGCCUGGGGGGUACCAUCAGCUAUGAGGCCCAGGACAAGACCCAGGACCUGGAGAACUUCCUCUGCAACAACCUCCAGUGUGGCUCCUUCCUGAAGCAUCUGCCAGAGACCGAGGCAGCCAGAGCCCAAGACCCAGGGGAGCCGUGGGAACACCGGCCCUUGCCAAUCCAAUGGAAGAUCCAGAACUCAAGCUGUACCUCCCUGGAGCAUUGCUUCAGGAAAAUCAAGCCCCGGAAAAGUGGCCGAGCUCUUGCCCUCCUCUGCUCAGGUUUCCAGCCCAAGGUGCAGAGCCGUCUGGUGGGGGGCAGCAGCAUCUGUGAAGGCACCGUGGAGGUGCGCCAGGGGACUCAGUGGGCAGCCCUGUGCGACAGCUCUUCAGCCAGGAGCUCGCUGCGGUGGGAGGAGGUGUGCCGGGAGCAGCAGUGUGGCAGUGUCAACUCCUAUCGAGUGCUGGACGCUGGUGACCCAACAUCCCGGGGGCUCUCCUGUCCCCAUCAGAAGCUGUCCCAGUGCCAUGAACUUUGGGAGAGAAAUUCCUACUGCAAGAAGGUGUUUGUCACAUGCCAGGAUCCAAACCCCGCAGGCCUGGCCGCAGGCACAGUGGCAAGCAUCAUCCUGGCCCUGGUGCUCCUGGUGGUGCUGCUGGUCGUGUGCGGCCCCCUUGCCUACAAGCAGCUGGUGAAGAAAUUCCGCCAGAAGAAGCAGCGCCAGUGGAUUGGCCCAACGGGAAUGAACCAGAACAUGUCUUUCCAUCGCAACCACAUGACGACCGUCCGGUCCCAUGCUGAGAACCCCACAGCGUCCCACGUGGAUAACGAAUACAGCCAACCUCCCAGGAACUCCCGCCUGUCAGCUUAUCCAGCUCUGGAAGAGGCUCUGCAUCGCUCCUCCACGCAGCCUGACAACUCCUCCGACAGUGACUACGAUCUGCACGGGGCUCAGAGGCUGUAAAGAACUGGGAUCCAGGAGCAAAAAGCCAAGAGCCAGACCUGUUUGUCCUGAGAAAACUGUCCGCUCUUCACUUGAAAUCAUGUCCCUAUUUCUACCCCGGCCAGAACAUGGACAGAGGCCAGGAGCCUUCUGGACAGGCGCUGCUGCCCCGAGUGGCAAGCCAGCUCACCCUCUGCUGUACAACAGCUCGGCCGCCCCUCCACUUGUGGAAGCUGUGGUGGGCAGAGCCCCCAAACAAGCAGCCUUCCAACUAGAGACUUGGGGUGUCUGAAGGGGGCCCCCUUUUCCUGCCCGCUGGGGAGCGGCGUCUGAGUGAAAUCGGCUUUGUCCUCAGACUCUGUCCCUGGUAAGGAGUGACAAGGAAGCUCACAGCUGGGCGAGUGCAUUUUGAAUAGUUCUUUGUAAGUAGCGCUUUUCCUCCUUCCUGACAAAUCGAGCGCUUGAGUCUCUUCUGUGCAGCAUCCACCCCUGCGGAUCCCUCUGGGGAGGCACAAGCAGGGGACUCCAGGGGACCUCUGCAGCCGUGGUGGUCAGAGGCUGCUCACCUGAGCACAAAGACAGCUCUGCGCAUUCACCGCAGCUGCCAGCCAGGGGUCUGGGUGGGCACCACCCUGACCCACAGCGUCACCCCACUCCCUCUCUUAUGACUCCCCUCCCCAACCCCCUCAUCUAAAGACACCUUCCUUUCCACUGGCUGUCAAGCCCACAGGGCACCAGUGCCACUCAGGGCCCUGCACAAAGGGGCGCCUAGUAAACCUUAACCAACUUGGUUUUUUGCUUCACCCAGCAAUUAAAAGUCCCAAGCUGAGGUAGUUUCAGCCCAUCACAGUUCAUCUUCUAACCCAAGAGUCAGAGAUGGGGCUGGUCAUGUUCCUUUGGUUUAACUAACUCCCUUGACUAAAACAGACUCCUCUAGUACUUGGAGCUCUUGGACGUACACCUAAUCCCGUGGGGCCUCGGCUUCCUUAACUGCAAGUGAGAAGAGGAGGUCUACCCAGGAGCCUCAGGUCUGAUCAAGGGAGAGGCCAUGCGGAGCUCACUGCAGCGGCUCCCUAAGAAGGUGAAGCAACGUGGGAACACAUCCUAGGACAGGGCCUUUCUCCAUGCCAUUUGAUGCUGUACCUCCUGGGAGCACAGGCAUCAAUGGUCCAAGCCACAGAAUCCAAGUCUGGAAGAGCAAAAGUGAGAUACUAGGAUAUGGGGUGGGGUGCUCCCAGAAUCUGCUCAGCUUUCUGCCCCCACCAACACCCUCCAACCAGGCCUUGCCUUCUGAGAGCCCCCGUGGCCAAGCCCAGGUCACACAUCUUCCCCUGACCAUGCUGGGAAUCCAGAAACAAGGACCCCAUUUGUCUUCCCAUAUCUGGUGGAGGUGAGGGGGCUCCUCAAAAGGGAACUGAGAGGCUGCUCUUAGGGAGGGCAAAGGAUCUGGGGCAGCCAGUGUCUCCCAUCAGUGCCUUUUUGAAUAAAAGCUCAUUUGUCUAUAGUUUGGCCACCAUACAGUGGCCUCAAAGCAACCAUGGCCUACUUAAAAACCAAACCAAAAAUAAAGACUUUAGUUGAGGAGAAA